AUGUUUGAUGUGGAUGUUGGUGAUAUACAGUUGCAGGAGUUAGACCAGUUGGUGAGAGAUUUGGCUCCCUACCUCCGCCAAAUCAUUGAUGGAGAAGGUCCCCGUGAACGUGCACAACAAUUCACCACCGGGCGAAACAAAGGUCGAACAGACCUGGACUACAACUGCCCAAUGGGCCAUUUUACUGACGAUCAGCAUGAUGUGAUCUACUCAGCAUUGUGCGACAUGUUCUUGGAGAACAAAAAGGAUGAGAAAAGAAUUAAUUUAAUCCUUAGGGUAAAUAAAUUGUAAAUAUUAAUUAGAAUAGCUAGUUCCUUAUGAUGUCAAGACCAUAGUCUGAGAUAUAUGCUAUUAUUAAGGUCCUCUUCCCAGAGACUCUCAUCAAGGUGUACAUGGGAUUUUACAAGCUGGAAUACAACAAAGCUCAGGAAGAGCUGUUCGACAUGCAGCUACACAAGGUUAGUUACAUGUGCUCAUUUGCGAAUCCGUGGAUAAUCCAGUAACCCAAAAUAAUGUGGUUUUUUAAUAUUUUACUAUGAAGGAUGUCUCACUUAAAAAGUACUUGCCUUCUCAACGUGCCACACAGUCGCCGCUUCCCUCAACUCCACUGCUCUUCUCUGAGCCCAACAGUGAUAUAAUUCCACCGACGGAGAUGUCCCUGGGGGAAAAGGUAUUAUGAAAUAUUUUGACUACAUUUUGUUCGUUCACGGCAACAAGUAAAAUCAAUCAUACUUCUAUGGUAUUAGCAAGCGAAACCAUGAUAUAUAAUUGGAAAAAUUGUCCUGAUGUGUUUUUAAUCUUUCUAGAGAAAACGAGCGUCAUGUAAAGAUACAUCAGGAAAGAAACAGCGGGUGGAGGAAGACGAGGAGGACACCAAGAAGAAGGUUUCUACUUCUAACCUUAUAUGUAAAUAUUUUUUAGCCCACUCGCAAUCGGAGCUGACACCAGAAGAUCGUUAUUUACACACAGCCUUUUUUUACAUAGGUGGAGAGAAGACAACGCCCAUGUCCUUUGUGCGAAAAGACAUACAAGUACCUCACUGCACAUCUCAUGACCGUACAUGGCAAGACAAGGGAUGAGGCGAAAGCCAUCUCGGGUACCUGCCGUGCGGUAAAGAAAGGAGUGGUGCAAAAGAGGACGCCACUGCCCUGUCCAUUUGAUGGCUGCGACAAGUUGAUUACGAGGGUGGAUAUCCACCUUCGCAAAACACAUCACAUUAACAAGGAAGACCCUGAAUACCACAGGUUAGCUGAUUGAAAAUUUAUUUUUUUUGUUGCCAUACAAAACUAAAUCACCCAAACCCAAAACACUCAUUCCCUGCAAAAUACUCAUUCCUUCCACUUUUUGUCAGGUACAACAAAGAGAUCACACUGGCACGUGCCAAGAUGAGGCACGCUGAUAAUCUCGCUGCCAAAAAAACGAAGAAGAAGAAGACAUCCAAGAUGACUAACGCUGACCUUUCCCUCCAUGAUAAAAACCUUUCCAAGGCAUUGUCCGAACCAAACAUUUACGAAUCUCCGCUGGGUGCGCUACUCGCACAGCCAAGAAGACCAAAAGCUGAUCCCAAUCUUGCAACCAUCAAGGAAAUCGAGAGCCUGCCGAUACUAAGAUUGUUCUUACACCAUCUCAAGGACUUUGAGGGUGGGUCGAGGAAAGCGGCGGUUUCGAAAGACCACACGAGAAGAGUUUGUCGCCUCCUGUUCGAGAUCGAGGAGCCUGCUAAACGUUGCGUGCAACAGCUCUGGGAUAACAGAAAGAUGAAUAUAUUGCGAAACAACUUCUUCCGGGGCAAUGAUCUUCUCGGGAAAGAAAAGCGGCAACCUCAGACCCUGAAAGCUUACAUCGGCUCAUUCCGACUGUUCCUCCGCUUCGUGAUUGCAAGACAGGAGGAUAUACGGAUGAUAGAUUCCCUGAUGGAAGACGACAUCCGCCUCGUAAAUUCUGCCAUUAUGAGGCUUGACACCUGGCCCAAAGCAUUCAGUGACGCAUCGAACCAAAGACGGGCGGUCAUCAGGAAGCGGGAUGUGGAAGAGAGGCUGACGAAAGCGGACUUCCAGUCUUUUGUCAGCAGUCCGAAGGCAAAAGAAAUCACUCAAGCAUUCGAGGCCCUGGCACUGAAACCCAAAGCUGUAGUAGACAUGCAACAAUUCUCGAACUUGAGGGACUAUCUACUGCUCAGGGUCAUCAUGGCUAGCGGGCAGAGAUACGGAGCAGUUUCCAACCUCACGGUCAAGGAAUUUAAAGAUGGGGUGUGGGCAGAAAAAAAUGGAAUGCCCCUGUAUGUGACUCGCACCCUUCGCCACAAGACAUCAUUCAGCGGCCCUGCAAAGUUGCUUUGGGACGAGGAGUUGAAGGCCUUCGGAGAUAUAUACAUGUCGAAGUUGCGUCCAAUAUAUGCCAAUAAAAAUUCUGUGGCACCAGCAGCGGCCGGGAUACCAGAGACGCCGCUCGUGUUUAUAACAUCAAAUGGUAAUCCUCUCAACGAGUCGAAGGUCAGCCAUCGUAUUGCAGAAAUGGGAAAGAAGGUGGCACCUCAACUGAAAGGUUCCUUAAAGGGCUCAAGAUUAAGGAAAGGUAUAGUCAGCCUGCAGCGUGAGGAAACUCAUGCUGCAGUCUCUAACAAACAACUAGCGAAGCAAAUGGGCCACUCUGUGGCGACGGCACAUAAGCACUACCAUAUUCAAGAUAAACUCGAGGCAGAUGGCAGGGUGGCCGAGUUUAUCGAGCGCCUUACCACUGGAAAUGAUCCACCACAUGUUGAGGUGUUGGCCAAGGAAACCUACGAAGAGGAAGAAACAGACAAAGAGGAGGAAAUAGACGAAGAGGACGAACCGGACAACGAAAAGAAGGAACCAAACAACAAGGGGGAGGAACCGGACGAGGAGGAGGAGGGAGAAGACCGAGAGGCAAAGGAACCAGAGGAAUCUGAACAUCACAAACCAGAACAAGUGGCGACAUCUGUUGUGUCAGAGCCACCCGUCGACGAACAGCUCUCUCGUCUGGAGAAGUUCGAGUUGCUGAAGCUCUUCGAAAGCACAAUGAACAGUGGCACAACAGUCAUGAGGCACAUUGUGCAGACAAGAAUGGCCAGAAACCAGAUUUUACGUAAUGUCGACACCGACGCAGCCAUGCAGUAUAUCUCAAAGAAGACGUCAACUGAGCUAUCUGGGAUAGACAAGGCACAGACAUGGGUGUGCUCAAGUGGCAAUAAGAUAAAUUGUUAUGUUGCAAGCAGCACCACAACAACGGAUUCAGUGCGGUGUUUCACCCAGCUGCAGACUAACCUAAUACAAAAUGCAACCGCGUCCCUGCCGAACAACGCAGAAGCUAAAGCCGUUGUAUCAUCCAUCAUUAACAAUGAAGUCUGCCGGGAUCAUUUUAUUCAGGAGCAAUUUACCAGGCAGCAGCUCAGGGACAAAUUUAAAACAAUACGAAGGAAAGAGGCCCGCCAAAAAAAAGGUAGUGACAUUUAAUGCCUGCCAUUGUAAAUAUAUAUCAAAGUUUAAAAAAAAAAGCCAAAAAGGUUAAAUUAAUAUUAAAGCAACGUUAGAUUUCGUAAAAUUACUAUUUUUUAUAGAUACUAACGAUAAAACGACAUGUAAUAUAUCAAACGAUUCCCCGUCUCCUGGCGCUAUGAAAAAUUUGAGCUAUUACACGUCUUGUCAGGACAACCAAGUCGAAAGAUGUAAGUAA